AUGUCACUUUCCUUUGAUCAAGCUGAUAAACCGGGCGAGGCCGUGCCCAACGCCUCGAAGAACUUUUUGGUGAAACCGAAGAGCGGAGUUAGCGGUCAGCUUCCGCGCGAGGACUGUAAUUCUGGUACUGCGGCCUGGCGAAAAUGCCGAAGAGAUAGUGGAUUGGUUUGA